AUGGCGAGAAGGUGGCAGGUCUGGGGCCGGCCCGACGGCAGCCAACUCUGGAUCCCCGCCCCCGACCCCGACGCGCCGCCGCCGCCGCCCGCCGCGGCCCCGCCUCUUCCUCCGCCGGGGCGCGCCGCGGGGACAGCCGCCGCUUCAUUUGAGGACGCGCAGGUCAAAGGCCGGGGCGCUGCUGACGGAUGCCGCGUCGAGUCCAUGGCCGACCUCCUCGUCCAAGCGCGGAACAAGCUGCUCGAAGGUGAUGGGAUGGCCGGAGCAACCGGGGAUGCAGGAAAAGGCAAGCUGUUCUGCACUGGAUCGGGGAGACCAGUGUCCCUCAGCGAGAGGGCUAUAAGGAAGGCCAGGGCGUUGGUCGGGGAGGAUGUGGAGAAGGCUGGUAUUAAGAGAAAGCAAUCAUUUGGCGAUGUACCUGAUGUAGAGGGCGGAUUGAGAGAAAUGGGCGCCCCAUUUAGAGGUGGAACCAUGCCCCCAUUGUUCCAAACUGGGUCAGGAAAAGCGGUCUUGCCGGGCAGGAACUCAAUCCAAAAGGCAAGAGCUAUUUUAGAAGAUGUUGAUAGUGCUGCUGGUGCCGCACAACCAAUGUUCCGUACUGGAAUGGGUAGGGCGGUUCCUGUGAACCGGACCCUUAUUGACAAGGCAAGAGCUGUUUUGGAGGGACAAACAGCUGUAGAACAAGGUCAUUAUGAUGAGAGUGUGGACGGCAUGGAACAGUUUCCAUUGUUCCAAACUGGUUCAGGAAGAGUUGUAUCAGUCAGUUCAGCAUCUGUUCAGAAAGCUAAGUCUGUGUUGAAGGAUAAUAAUACAAGCAAGGAAAAUACAGAGAGUUUUGGUAGGCCUGACCAUACAGAGAGUUUUGGUAGGCCUGACCAAACUGGUUCAAGAAGACCAGUCAUGAUCAGCGAAAGAUCCAUUGAGCGAUCUAUAGAUGCGGUGAAUGAGGGAGAUGCGGAAAAGAGUGGACAUUGGGAUACUGGUUGCCAGUUCCCAAUGUUCCAAACAGGAUUAGGGAAGCCUGUUGCUGUGAGCUGGAACUCAGUUCAGAAGGCAAGGGCAGUAUUGGAGGAAGAAAAAAUUAAAACAACUGGACAUGGAGAUAGCAGUUUUUGCGCCACAACUCUUCAAAGUGAAACGCCAAGGUCUGUUUUGAUGAGUAGCAGUUUGAUCAUGACUGAUAGAAGUGUUACACCGAAUGGAGAUAGUGCAGUGCAAGAGAAAAAUCACGAGGAUGGCAACCACUUGCCGUUGUUUCAAACUGGGUCAGGGAGGUCAAUUGCUAUAAGUAAGAGCUCAUUUAAGAGGGCAACUGCAGUUCUGGAGCCAAGGAAUAUUACAAAGGAAUUGGAAGAUGAAGCUCAUUUAGAUGGUGGCCAUGAUACUCCCAUGUUCAAAACUGGAUUAGGAAGGUCUAACUUAGCAAGUGAUGGCUGUAGAACUGAAUUGUGUAUCUUAGAAGCUGAAGAAGCAGUCAAAAGUGUAAACAAUUACAACAGAGAAGCCUUUGUUGAAGUGCCAGCGUUCCAAGCUGGGAUACAAACGUUUGUACCCCAAAACAGAAGUUCAAGUCGUAAGGCCAGUAUGCUUUUGGAGCAACGAAACUUGAAAGGAUACAAAGACUCUGGAAGUCAACUGCCAAUGUUUCGAACCGGAUCUGGAAAGUCAGUCUUGAUUAGUGAAAGCUCAGUGCAGAAAGCAAAGGCUGUUCUGGAGGAAGAGGUCAAAAUAAACAGAGAUAAUCAUAAUCUCCUUAACAUGGACAAAAAUAUUCCUGUCUUUGCUUCACCUCUCAAGACAAGCUGUGCAAGAACAGUUAAUAUAUCUUCAGCUGGUGUAUCUCGAGCUGCUACUUUGUUGGGCUUGGAGGAGAAUACCCUUUCAACACAAUUUUUUGGACAUGUGGGCGAUAAGCUUGGCACGAAAAUAAAAUUUGAACGGAAAAAUCCAGAACAGAGGCUUGCAUCUGGUCCAACAGAAAACCAAGUGCGUAAGGAACCACACCGGCCAUUUGAACUUUCUAAUAACACAGUUUCUGAUUCUGGUGAACAUUCUAUCAGAUUCAGUACCGCGGGAGGCAGAUCAAUGGCUAUUUCUAGUGAUGCACUUCAACGUGCGAGAAGCCUUCUGGGUGAAUCAGAUCACGUGGUUUCAACAAAUAAUUUAGUAGGCUGCUCUUUGGCAUCUGCAUGUAAUGUUGAGAUGCCAAAUUCAACCGUCGCCCCAAAAGGUGGACCUGAUUUAUCAAAAAUAAGUAGGGUCAAUGGAAAAACCGAACUUACAACAUUUUCCCACCAGGCAAUGUCUGAUAGGAAGCACACUGGAUCCUUUGAAAAUGCUGUACCUGUUAUCCCGGCGACUAACAAACAACCCAAUAUGUUUCAUGUUGGGAGUCGUUCAAUCAGUGAAAUUCCAAAGAUCCCGAAGCCCUCUUCCAUGUGUUUAUCUGAAACUGACAAUGCAAAUGACACUAAAGAUAAGACCCAGCGACUCCAUAUGCCAGCUGGAGCGUUGGUUGACAUUAGUAACUUCAUGGGCACACAUUCUGGAAAUAUUGACCAUGCUGUUAAUGAGAAGAGAAGAAUUGAGGGAAGAAACACUGCAUCUUCCUUUAAACGCCCCCGCUCUUCCAGAUAA